AUGGAGAAUAUUCAGACUGCAGCAACGCGCUCGCUCGCGAACUCGACCGCGCGGAUCAAACCGCGUCGCGCCGGCGUGCCUUGUGUGCGAUGUCGCCAGAUGAAGGUAAAAUGUAAUGCCAGCCAGAAAUUUCCUGCAGCUUGUUCCGGCUGUGAAAAAGCAGGCGAACGGUGCUCCGUUGACCCUUUGUUCAAGAGGGUAUCCAAGAGAAGUGUGAAGCCCCGCCAUGCAUCCCGAGAAGGUAGUCCUGCAUACAGGACGCCCCAGUCAGAGGGACCUAGCAGCGCGCCGACUGUCGCUUCAUCGAGACCGGCUGGAUCUUUGUCCGACUUGGACUCUUCUGUCGCAAGUACCACCGCCGCAUUGCGCCUCGGCGGAAAUAGACCUGCCCGGUUUACCCAUGAGGCUACUGGAAUUAACAUAUCGUCUAUUGCUGUGGCAGAGCUUCUAGAGGAGUACUAUUCCCAUCUCCACCCGAGGUUCCCGCUGCUGCUCGACCCAACCACCAUAAUCGAUAGCUACGAGCAAGCGCCCUUGUUAUUCUGGACAGUUGUCGCCAUUGCAAGCAAAGACUCAGACAAAUACGCAUCUGACUACGCUCGGCUACAGAUUCUUGUACGGCAGUUGGUAGCAGAUAUCAUCCUGCUUGGUACGAGGUCUAUCUACCAUGUCCAGGCUUUACUUCUACUCUGUGUUUGGUCUUUCCCACAUACAGAUAUGAGCAAGGAGCCAUUUUCAAUGUACUGUUCUGUGGCAAUCUCCAUGGCGCGGUCUCUGGGUCUGCAUCGACCACAGCAUCCAUAUAUUUUGUUUGCGGCAAAGGCGGCGGAGAUUGGAACACUGGAAACUCGGACGUCAACCUGGUUGUCUUGCUUUAUUGUUGAUCAGUGGUAG